GUCGGGUGUCAACAACACUGCAACCUGAGACGGGAUAGCCAGCCCGUCGGCUAGCUAAGUAAACCAGCUAAAGUUAGCUUCUCCGCUAACCUCUGUAUUAUCCUACUGUCACGACGACUGGUAAUAUAAUAACUAAUCUAAGUAGGAAUAUAUAAAUUGUCUUUGAAGUUGUUUCGACGCGAGAAAAGGCAAAACGGAGGACUUUUUCAUCCUGGCUCCUUCAUCUCCUGUGAUAUGACAUCGCUGGCUGGUUACUACAAAAGUCAGAGCUCGACAGCAGACGGUUGACAUCUGGUCAGGUGCUGUUGACGAUGAUGGCUGCUCAGGUGGAGGUUCAGACUGGGGAAGUAGGGAGGACGGUGGGUGGAGGACGACUCCACCUGAGUCCCCUUACUGACUCCAGCAAUAAGAGUCUCAUUGAGAUCACUUCCAUCAACCAGUCCCAUAUCAUCCCUCCUGAACCUAACAAGCCUGCCCCGAGUCCCAAGCCACGGCUCACUCCUAAACCUUUCACCCUGGAGAGGAACCCCACCAUUAAGCCCAUACUUGCUCCAAAGCCCCAAGCCAGGCCCCGGCCAGAGUCCACUCGCCUGGCUGGGCACAAAUCAGAGCUUCCAAGCAGUGCAAAACCACAGCAACCAGUUGCCCCUAGCAAACCCAGGCCAGUGUCAACCAACCUCAACCGACCCGCCUCUACCUUCUUUAAAACAUCUAAUAAGUUGAACAGUGGACAAACAACCAAGCCAAUAGUCCAGCCAUUUAAACCGGCUCCUCCUCUUGACCCUGGAGAUCCGAGCAAACCCUUUCUUCCUAUAACAGCAGAGAGAGAGAAUGUGAGAGAGAGGCGCAAAUCCAGUUCGUCAAGCUUGGCCUAUUCCAAGAGCCUUAAACAACUUCCAGCUGCAGAGUGGUCUGGAACCACUAAAAAUGAAAAUGCAAAGGACUGGAAGCCAUCCAGUGAAGGUGGGUCCUCCAUUACCAGAGCCAAGUCCAUGGGUUUUCUCAUUCAGGUAGGGCAGGAGGAGGAAGAAAAAGAAAAAGCUAAGCCAGAGAAAGCAGUGCAAAUGCGACCGCAGCCCCGAGGCUCCAGGCCCAGACCUGUGUCGGCCCUUUUCCUUGACAGUCCAACCGAGACGGAGACACCAGCUCCUGCCCCUCGCUGGGCAAGAAGACCGCUCUCAGCCGAUCUAACAUCCAAGUUUGAGUCUAUCGGUCUGUCUUUGCACCGUAAAUCUCCCAAAGCAAACACUAAGGAAAACACUCCAGAGGAGAAGCCACUGCCGCAGAAGAGAGAGCAGGAGAAACCCCCGAAGAGCCCCCCACCACACAGUACUGAUGGUGUAGAUCAGCCUGCUGUUUUAGACCAAAGCAAUAAAAAGACAGAAGAAAUGACUGUGAAAGAGACUGAUGAGGAGAAGCGUGCAGUUAGCAUCAAGUCGAGAAUCAGUCUCCUCCUCGAUUCGUCCUCCUCUCCUGGGCCAGGUGUCACAGGCCAAGAGUCAGAUCCUCUCUCUCCGGUGCUGACAGUCCCUGAAACUGAACCAGCAGUGGGGGUCAAACGGCUCAUCAAGCAGCUGACGGAGGACACAACACCGACUCAGAGCCCCACUGUGAAACCACCUCCGAGGCCCCGCCCCUUGCCCCUUGACCUCACUAACAGGUUUUCAUCCGAGAAGUCGCCAGACAUUGGCAGUGUUUCCCCCAGUGAGGCGACAGAGCGCCAUGAGAUCAGCAGAGAUCCUCAGAGGAGGAUUGAAGAGUCAGCAAUCACCCCCAGUGACCAGAAGACGUUUGAGGACCUAAAGGACUCAGAGGAGCAGCUUAGAAAGCCCCCCGUGCCUGGUCCCGGCGGUGACGUGCAGACAGUCAGAGCAUCCUUGUUUGAAAAUGUUGUGGAGAGGCACAGUGUGUUCAUGGUGGAGGAAGACAAGCCUGUAAACAAGGCUGAUGAUUCGCUCAGCAGCCCGUCGUUUCAGAGAGGAAAUGCUGAAGAUGAAGGAACUCUGGUGAAUGCCACUUACAGGGAGCCUUUAUCCCCAUCAAGUCCUAUGAGGGUGUUGCACGCCUUUGACACGGUGCAGGCAGUGGAAGAGAGCAGGGUGGUGAGUGAGAACAUCCCAUCAGCUCUUUGGGAGGAUAAGGCCAUGACGCUUCGCUCCAGGCGCUCGGAGGGGAACAGGCCCGGGCCAGAGAGCACAGCACAAGGUGAACCAGCUGUGGCUGAGAUGCAGGAACAACAGCCUCGAUAUCUGAGGAUCGGAGCUUUGAAUAAAUGGAGCGCUACAGGUCUCGAACAAGAGGCGAGUACAGAGAUUGGGAUGCCAAAUAAAUCACAAAGGGAAGGACAUGUGGCUUUGGAUCAGGACACACAGAAAGAGGCAGAACAGGAGGAAGUGGCUGCAGCUCCUAAACGUAUGAAAACAGAAGAACAGCCAAAGCCCAGGGCAACCUACUUUGCUCUGACGGGACAAUUACAGGAGCCAUCUUCUCCUGUAGACGUAUAUUUAGGUGACAUGACUGUGCCGCUUGAUGAUUUCUCUGUGCGGUCUUCACCUGGCAGCUCUCAAGGAAAGGUUAAUCAGAUGAGAAGGAAUCCUUCAUUAGAUGCAGCUAUGGUAAACUCUCAAGAUCAAGGUGACGACUUGAAGAUGAGGAGCCACAUGUCGCACAGGGAGAUCAGAACAGCGUACGAUGGAGAGAUGGCGGAUGACAUUAUGGAAGUUGAAAACAAAAGAGAAUUAAAAAAGGAGACGGAAAGACACAUGGCAAAAAUGAAAGAACUUGAGAGGGAAAGACAGAGACGUCUGGAAAUGGAGAAAGAAGCACAUUUAGAAUUUGCACGAUUGAAGGAGAGAGAAAUGCAAAGAGAAUUUGAAAGGCAAAGACAGAAAGCCUACGAGAAGGAGAUUCGGGACUUCGAGGAGAAACAACGUCAACUGGAAAGGCAAAACCAGUUAGAGCUUGAACAGAAAGAAAAGCUGCAAGAAGUGGAGAGCGCGAGACUAAGGGAACUGGAAAAAGAAAGACAACGGAAACAUGAGAAGGAAAAACGGCGUGAAUUAGAGAGACAGGAAAGGCUUGAAAGGGAGAAACUGCGAGAGCAGGAAAGAGAGAGGCAACGUGAACAAGAGAUGCAAAGACAAAAGGAGGAAGAGAGGCAGAGAGAGCUGCUGGAAAUCCAAAAGGAGAAACAACAAACGGAGGAGCUGGAGAGAAUCAAGGAGCAGGAGACACUGCAGCUCUUAGAGUUUGAAAAGCUGAAGCGAAGGGAAAGGGAGAGGCAGCUGGUAUUGGAGACGGAGAAGCAGAGACUUAGAGAGAAGAUGGAUAGAGAAAAGGCAGAGAAACUAAAACAGAUGGCUUUAGAACAGGAGAUGUUAAGAAUGAAAGAGCUUGAGAGAGACAGGGAACGACAAUGGGAGAUGGAGAGGGAGCUUCAGAAAGAGAUGGAGAGGGAAAAGCAGAGAGAGGCGGAGAGGCAGAGACAAAGAGAUUUAGAAAGGGAGAGACAAAGACAACUCGAUUCUGAGAGGCAGGAGUUAGAAAACCAAAGGCUGAGACAACGGGAAAUGGAGAAGGAAAGGCUGAGGAAGGAGGAGAUGGAGAGAAGACAGCUCAUGGAGUUGGAGAAGGAAAGGCUGAGGAAGGAGGAGAUGGAGAGAUUUAAAGAGAUGGAGAGAAGACAGCUCAUGGAGUUGGAGAAGCGAAAGCAGGCAGAGAGGGGCAGACAACAGAUUAUAGAGAUGGAGAAACGCAGACUGAGGGAGAGGAUGGAGGGGAUGGAGAGGGACGAGGCAGAGAAAAUGAGACAGACAGCCAAACAGCAAGAAGCAGAGAGGCAGCGACUAAAGGAGAGACAGAAGAAAGAGGAACAGGAGAGGGGGAGGUUGGAGUCUUCACAUCUCAGACCUAAAGUGUUGGAUCUGGACUCUGUGCGGAGGAAUGACUCCUUUUCUAAGGCAUCUCCGCAGCGCAGUGACCUCGCAACACGAUGGAAGGAGCCAUCCCCGAGAGCAGAAGAGUCUUACAGAUCUGCCAUCCUUGACAUAGACUCUUUCACGUCCCCAGCUCUAGUUUCCCCCAGUACUGUUUCUGGUAUUCAGGGUGUAGACGCUGCAUUUGGAGCUAGGUUGCAGCCUACACCUGAUGUAGAUGUUAGCUGGAGGGGGCCACCACAGGCUUCCGGAGGUAUAACGAGUCCAAUAUGGACGACGUCUCCUCAGGACCCGUGGGAGCUGCGGCCUGUUGAGAUGUCUGUGGACAAACCUGAACCCAGAAAGCACGUCAACAAACUGAGUCCAGAGCAGCUCCUCCUCAGGCAGGAGGAGCGGCUCCUGGCCCCACAGAGGAACAGGUCUGCGGGGCAGGAGGAGCCGCUUCACCUGGCCUCUCUCUCCCGGACAGCGUCCAGGAGUGGAGGCUCUCCAGGCAGAGGCCCUCCAGGCGGGGGUCCUCCAGUCGGGGGCCCUCCAGACGGGGGCCCCAGCAGCGCUCCUGCAGAGCAGAUCUGGCUGCCCAGACAGCCCCAGCCUCCAAGCGGCCAGGUGGACGUCUGCGUCCACAGGAGAUCACAGGGAUCGCAGGAGUUGAACAGGAUGCGGUCUCGCAGUGUUUCUCGGCGAUCAGCUCCUUCAAUCAGCGCUGUGGAGGGAAGUCUUUCCAGGAUGAGGAGUCGCAGCGCACACCGAGAGCUGGAGGACAAAGACUGGGUGCAGCAGAAGCAGAGUGUCAGUGGUGAGGAGGAGGACUCGGGAACACCGGUCCGAGACACUGACAGUCAGUAUGGCACCUGGGAGACGGGACUGCGCACUGAUGACAGCCUCAGUCCUGCCACUCCCAGUUCAGAAAGUAAUCUCAGCCCCUCACCAAGGAAGCCCACCCCCCCGCACACGCUAGCUGAUCCCGGCUCACAGUUUGAUAGCGACGCUCCGGACGGCGUUCCUCAAUCAACAUCUGAGAGCCAGCCGCUCCCUUUCCCUGAUGUCCCGACCGCUCUGUUAGACACCAGCGCCCUGCGCUCCAGAGCUCACCUGGUGAAGAAGCGCGCCCCGAGGGCCCGCCCCUCCAGAGCCGGCCGUCAGACAGUAGCGCUGUCCCCGGCCGAGGGAGGAGCCACGGACGACUGGCUCUACAGAGACUCCACAGAGGCGAAGGUUGAGAGCAAGGACGCUGACUCUGACUCUGAGGAGCGGGCCAGAGGAGCCAAGGCCAGAGGAGCCGAGGCCGGCCCUGCCGUCUCCUCUCAGCCGCAGAGGAUCCCCCUGUUCACCGGGUUGGACCCUUCAGCUUUAAAGGCCAAUCUGAGGAGGAGGGGCGAAUCUGACGUUCAGAUGGAUGGAUCCACUCCCUCUCCUUCACAACUCUCUCGCUCUCCCAAGUCGCCCUUUCUCCCCCGGGCAGCGCGAGUACUGCCCCCAGCUGGUGGGAAAGAGAAUGGCGAGGAGGACUCACCGCAGUGGUUGAAAGAGCUGAAGUCCAAGAAGCGUUUGAGUCAGUAUGAAAAUGAAAGCUAAGAUAUUAAUGAGGUGGCCUUAUCAGAUGAAUCUAUAUGAAACAGAAGCCUUAACUUUGGAGAGUAGGAGAGAGGAAUCUACAGCUGCUGACCUUUUCUUUUUUUUUUUUUUUUUCUCUUCCCAUCUGGGUUUAUAAUGUGCAUGGUGCCUUUUUUUUUACGGAGAGUCUCUGUCUUUUGGAAAAAGAAUAAAACAAGCAAGGAGGAGAAGAAACAAAAACAUCGUGCUGCUCUGCUUCAUCCAUUUCAUGCUUGAACCGGUGGAAGCUCUCCUGCAGCAGGAGGCUCUUCACAUGAACACUUUAAGAGGGACCAGGAGGAGACAGGAGGGGAGGGAGAGAUUACUGGCAAUAGUGCUGCAACUGAUGAUUAUUUUCAUGAUCGAUUCAUCUGUUGAUUAUUAUCUAGAUUGAUUGGUUAAUUGUUUGGUUGAAAAAUGGCAGAAAAACUGUCCAUGGUGAUGUAAAUGUCUUGUUUUUUUUAGUCAAAAACCCAAAGAUAUUCAGUUAUAAUAAAGCAAAGCAAGUAUUGUCCACAUUUGAGAGGUUAAAAUAUUAUUUUCUGACAUUUUUGCGUAAAAGUUGCUUUAACGAUGAAUUGAUCAUCAAAAUUGUGCUGUCUAUAUACGAACCGUUGCAGAUGUAUUUAACAACUAUUUUGUAUUAAGCAAAAAGUUAAGAAAUGUUUGACUUGUGGGACCACGCAACACUUUUUCCUCUACGAGCUUCAUCACACGCUGGAGGACAAUCCAGAAAAUCCUCUUCAAGAUAUCUGUGUUGGUUUCCUGACUUGUGUGUACAGGUCGUAACAUAAUGUGUGUGUUAUCAGUAUGUUGAGGGGCGUCACACAAGCAUUGCCAUAGGACGUCAUUUCAGACACUAAUGAUCUCCUUCUUGAACAUAAAGAACAAAUCACUGCUGACUUUAUUGCUAGUGUAUAUCAUGUUAACAUCUGUAAUCAGGAGAUGUUAUAUUUGUAUUAUCAUUGAUUUAACAGAGAACUAGUUUUGCGUUGCAUCACUACAAUAGACUUUGUUACACUCCACACAACCCUAACCGUGUCAGAGUUGCUGCAUCUUGUACAUAUGUUUUUGUCUAAAUAUAUUUUUGUUUUUUGUGUAGGAGGGACGGGGGACUUUGCAUCUGUCAAUCAUGCACACUCCUUAUCAGCACAAAUACUUUUAUAAAAGAGAAACACUAAUCAGCCUGUCUUCCCAGAAUGAUUGUAGCGUUUAUUAAAAGCCAUACGUUCAGAUUUUAGCCCUCACACACUCCUAAGUCAUGAUUUGACAAUGCUUUUUGUUGUUUUUCAAACAAAAUGUGGAAUUGUGUCCCCUUUAAUGUGCAUGCACAAUCUUUGCUGUCAAACUGAAAGUGUUGGGUGCUCCAGUGGAGGGAUUAUUUGUUCACUACUUUGUUUAAAUCACUCUAUGAAACUCCUAAAAGCAUAUGAACAUUUGCACCUGCUUCCCACCUUUACUGUAAUCCUCCUGCUGCUGCGCUUCUAUAAAGCACUUUGUCACUCGACGCACUACGGCACUGACCUCUGCCUCUCGUCUGGUCUCCUGUGUUGUUGGAGAUUUUCUCAUGCAAUGCAAGUGAAUGUGUCGAAGUCCUCUGGGGGGAUUGUCCCUGGUUUCUAUGUACGUGACCUUUUACUUUGUCAUAAAAAUGUGAGGGUUUUUUUUUUGUCCUUUUUUUAUUUGAAAGUAAAGAUGUAUAUUGCACUGUGUUGUACUGGCCAGUGUCCUAAAGUGAAUACAUUCUUAAUAAAAUGUACUUGAGUUAA